AGUGUUCACUCGGCCAUCCCCUGUACUUCCUGGAUAUGAAAACGAUCAAAUAUUAGCUCUAACCAUCCUGGAUCACGGACACCUUUCAGCUGGGGUGAUCAUUACAGAACCACCUUCAGUGAUGAAGGGUAUUGCAAAAUUUGCAGUAUUUUUCCUCAUGCUGGUAUUUGCCCUUGCUGCCUACUUGCUUUUAAAUCCCUCUCUGAAUGAGACGAUUUUAAAAUUAAGUGAGUUGCCAAAUACACUGGCAAACUACAUGGGCAAUCCAGUUGGCACUGAUCAAAUUAAAUUACCAACAUCAAGCUACACAGUGAGUGUGAAAUGCCCACACCCAUCCACAGACCCGGGAAUCAUGUUUCUCCAGACAUCCAGUCAACUGAAUCCUUCCUCACUGGCCAUGUGUGGCAUCGAAUCAGCAGCAAGACUAAACCCAAACAAACCAGUUUAUUACUUCAUGAAAGCAUUCAAUGGGAAUAUAUCUGCAUAUCGAGAUCCUGAGUACAAAGGCAUCCGUCUGCUUUCUUCAUUCAAGAACGUAAUCAUCUUGCCCUUGAAUCCUAAAGAAUUGUUCAACAACACGCCCUUGGCUGGAUGGUAUGCGAAGGUAGAUCCCAGCAAGGAAAGAUAUUGGUUCCAUGUCCUCGCUGAUGGCUGCCGGCUGGCCUUGCUGUGGAAGUACGGAGGCAUCUACCUGGACACGGAUAUCAUUUCACUCAAACCCUUGGAAUUCCGAAACUUUAUCGGUGCAGAAUCAACACAUUUUGCGAAUAAUGCAGCUUUGGGAUUUAACCGCUCGCAUUCUUAUGUCGAGAAUUGCUUGAGGGAUUUUGUUGAGAAAUUCAAUGGAGCAGCUUGGGGCCAUCAGGGUCCUAAACUGAUAACCCGGAUGGUGAAGAAAUGGUGUGGGACUGACAAUCUUCAAAGCCUCUUCAACAAAGGAUGCAAAGGUAUUAUGUUCUUGUCUGACAACUGGUUUUACCCAAUUCCAUUCAAUGAUUGGACAAAGUACUUUGAAAAAAAUCAAUGGAACAACAACAGUGAUGAUAUUGAAAAGAAAUUCUCAAAGACGAAGGGGGUACAUGUUUGGAGUUUUUUAUCCAGUCGCCAAAAAAUUCAAAUUGGAGGAAGUCACUCUUUAGUAGAAUACUUCUUCAGUACAUACUGUCCAAGCACAUAUGAAACUCUCCCCAAAUAGUGUGUGCUGUGAGUGUCAGUUUACAUAUUGCUUUGAAUUUUCCCCACUAAAUAACUACCUGUAACAAACCGAUCAUGAUGGGUGGCUCUCGGCCUCAUCUUACUCUAUCUUCAUCUGGAUCUUCCUACUGUCUUUCAGGCAUAGAAUGGAAGGGGACAAGUGGGAUCCUGCCUCGAGUUUUCCUCUCUAACUUUCUCCCAUCUUACCCCAUCACCUGCUCCCUCCUUCCCCCAAAUAAUCCUGGAAACCAUCUCCCAUUUUAAUAAAAAGUAAAAGACUGCAGAUGCAGGAAAUGUGAAACAAACACCAAGAACACGGGAAAAACUGAGCAAAGGAGUUCUGGACCCAGCGCUGUAUCUCUUCCUCCACAGAUGCUGAGAGAUUUGGUGAGCUCCUCCCACAUUCUCUGUCUGCUUUUAUUUUUUGUAAAGCUAAGUGCAAAAUCCUGGGAAAGUGUGCAGUAAAAAUUACCAAGAUACACUGGCCCUUAGGUAUUAUCACUGGACUAAUAAUUUAAAGGUACAGGUGAAUAGCAUGUGGACACGGGGUCAACUCCCACCAUGGAAUUUAAAUUCAGUUAAUUAACUUGGAUUGGAUGAUUGCUGUAAAAAUCCAUUUGGUCUUAGAAUGUUUUCAGGGAGAGAAAUCUGUCAACCUUACUUGGUCUGGCCUAGGUGUGACUCCAUAGCCAUUUCCCUGACAUGGCUCAGUGAACCACUACAAAGCCUAAAAAAAAGAAAUGAAACCAGAUAGACCACAGACAUUGACCCAGCUGGUGUUAACAUCCAGAACUAUAGUGCUAGCUCUAUCCAGCCUGUAAACGCCUUCUUACUAACAUCUGUGGAUUUGUCGGAGACUGUCUUACUGACCUAUGGUGCCCCAUGGUAGGAUGAUGAAGAAGGUGAAGUUGCAUGGGGUCCAGGGUGUACGAGCCAAAUGGAUAGAGAACUGGCUGCACAUUCUCCCUGUGUCUAUGUGGGUUUCCUCCAGGUGCUCUGGUUUCCUCCCACGGUCCAAAGAUGUGUACAUCAGGUGAGUUGGCCAUGCUAACUUGCUCCUCAUGUUAGGUGCAUUAGUCAGAGGGAAUUGGGUCUAGGUGGGUUAUUCUUUGGACGGUUGGUGUGGACUUGUUGGGCCGAAGGGCCUGUUUCCACACUGUAGGGAAUCUAAUCUAAUCUAAUCUAAAAAAAAAACCCAGGAAACAGAGAGUAGUAGUAGAAGGAAGUUUCUCAAAAUGGAGACCUGUGACCAGUGGUGUCCCACAGGGAUCCAUCCAGGGACCACUGUUGUUUGUGAUAUAUGUAAAUGAUUUGGAGGAAGGUAUAUCAGAUCUGAUUAGCAAGUUUGCAGGUGACACUAAGAUUGUUGGAGUAGCAGAUAGUGAAGGGGACUGUCAGAGAAUACAGCAGAAUAUAGUUAGAUUGGAGAGUUGGGCAGAGAAAAGGCAGAUGGAGUUCAAUCCGGGCAAAUGGGAGGUGAUGCAUUUUGGAAGAUCCAAUGCAAGAGCAAACUUUACAGUAAAUGGAAAAGCCCUGGGGAAAAUUGAUGUACAGAGAGAACUGGGUGUUCACGUCUAUUGUACCCUGAAGGAGGUAAUGCAGGUCAAUAGAACGGUCAAAAAGGCAUUUGGCAUGCUUUCGUUCAUCAAGCAGGGUAUUGAGUACAAAGGUUGGCACAUCAUGUUACAGUCAUAUGCUUACUACUCUCUGAGUGAAGAAACUACCUCUGACAUCUGUCCUAUAUCUAUCAUCCCUCAAUUUAAAGCCCCCUCGUACUCGCCGUUACUGUACUUGGAAAAAGGCUCUCCCUGUCCACCCUAUCUAACCCUCUGAUUAUCUUAUAUGUCUCUAUUAAGCCACCUCUCAACCUUCUUCUCUCUAACAAAAACAGCCUCAAGUCCCUCAGCCUUUCCUCGUAAGACCUCCCCUCCAUAUCAGGCAACAUCCUGGUAAAUCUCCUCUACACCCUUUCCAAAGCUUCUUAUAAUGCGGUGACCAGAACUGUACACAAUACUCCAAAGUGCAGCCGCACCAGAGUUUUGUACAGCUGUCGCAUAACCUCAUGGUUCUGGAACUCGAUCCCUCUAUUAAUAAAAGCUAAAACACUGUAUGCCUUCUUAACAACCCUGUGAACCUGGGUGGCAACUUUCAAGGAUCUGUGUACAUGGACACCGAGAUCUCUCUGCUCAUCUACACUACCAAGAAUCUUACCAUUAGCCCAGUACUUUGCAUUCUGGUUACUCCGACCAAAGUGAAUCACCGCAUACUUGUCCGCAUUAAACUCCAUAGAUUAGAUGGGCUUCAGAUUGGUAUGACUGGUCGGCGUAACAUCGAGGGCCGAAGGGCCUGUACUGAGCUGUAGUGUUCUAUGUUCUAUGUUCUAUGUAGUUGUAUAAGAUUUUGGUUCCGCCAGAUUUGGGAUACUGCAUUAGUUCUGGUCGCCACCUUACCAAAAGGAUGUGGUUGCUUUGGAGAGGAUGCAUAGGAGGUUCACUAGGAUGUUGCCUGGUAUUUAGGGCACUAGCCAUGAAGAGAGGUUGAGUAGAUUAGGAUUAUUUUCAUUAGAAAGACGGAGCUUGUGGGGGGACCUGACUGAGGUCUACAAAAUUAUGAGAGUUAAAGACAGGGUGGAUAGCAAGAAGGUUUUUCCCAGAAUAUGGGGUCUCAAUUACUCAGGAUCACGAGCUCAAAGUGAGAGGUUUAGGGGAGAUAUGCAUGUGAAGUUCUUUACACAGAGGGUGGUGGGUGCCUGGAAUGUGUUGCCAGCGGAGGUGGUAGGUGCAGGCACGACUGCAUCAUUUAAGAUAUAUCUAGACAGAUACAUGAAUAGGUGGGGAGCAGAGGGAUAAAGACCAUUAGGUAAAAGGUGAUAGGUUUAGGGAGAGGAUCUGGAUCACUGCACGCUUGGAGGGCCGAAGGAUUUGUUCCUGUGCUGUAAUGUUCUUUGUUCUUUGUACACAUAGAAUUAUACCUUACACACAGUGUCCCUGACGCCACCAUCAGCAUCCUCAGCUCUGACCUAUCCCACUGACUAUGGUGUACAUUGGGAAAAAUGUCUUGCUCACUACUAUGUAAUGGACUCCUUUGCUCAACCAAUAAGCCAAUGUUCCUCCGUGUUGAAUACCAUGUUGAGUGAGCACUGAAGUAGAUAAGGGCACACGGUGAGGCAUGGGGGACUUCAAUGUCUACCACCAACUACUGAUUGUGUUGGAGAAAGUGAGGACUGCAGAUGCUGGAGAUCAGAGCUGAAAAAUGUGUUGCUGGAAAAGCGCAGCAGAUUGUGUUGGUCAAGUAUUAAAAGCUCUAACUGCUAGACUGAACCAGCAGCAGGUGGAGAGAGAGAGAGAGCUAACAAGAGGAAGAAGCCUGCUUGAACUCAACAUCAUCACUGCCCCUGUGGCAGAUGUAUGUGUCCAUAACAGCAUCACUAGAGAUGUACAGGUAUACAGCCUUUGCUUGAAGAAUACCCUCUAUCAUGUUGAGAAGCGCGGUCCCAUUGCAAACAAGUCAGAUUUUGAAUAGACCUGGCAUCUCAAAACUGGGCACCAUGAAGCACUGUGGGACAUCAGCAUCAGGAGAAUUAUAUCGAACCACAAUCAGUAUCAUCAUGGCCUGAAUAAUCCCCAUCCUGCCAUGAGCACUAAGGAUUCAAACUGAUUCAACAAAAAUUGCAGGAGGAUAGAAGGUAAUUUUCUGUAUGGUGGGACAUGGAGCACAGUGAGGAUGCAGUUUACAAUGGUGGGGGUGGGGGGGAGGGGGGGCGAUGACUGACUUUGAGAGUGCCUGAGCUAAGACGAUGGAAUGUCAGGAGGUCAUCCAUUCUUGCUGCAGGAAUGUUGUUCUGCAGCAUUUGAAUAUUUUACAAGGACUCCUGAGCAAUUUGAUGAGUUUACAGCUCUACCUCAGUUUCUCUGUUAGAAUUCCUGCCCAUCAUUUUCCAGCAGGUGUCAUGGGGGAAACGAAAUGGGAAUCCAACCUUCUGUUUUUUUUCACCCAGGACUUAGUCUUCUCUUGAACAAUACCUGGUGUUACUUUCUGCUCAGUAAAUACUGAGAUCUGAUCAGGGACAAUUAAUGUUUGAUUCUUUAUCAUUCUGCUUUACGACCUCAGGGAUUUUCAUGGACCUAUCUCUUGGUGGAAUCCCACAAGCAUCCUUGGUUAGUGACUGUGUCAGGGAUUGAUGGAAUCAGGGGUUUAAUGUUAGCAAUGCUGCCUAUAUGGACAAUAAUGUUAUACCUGACACUGAAAAUGGGAUCUGAAUGUUACUUUGAUCUGCAAGAUUCUUUGUAAGACACAUUUAUGAAAGCACAUUUGAAGGACAAAUAUAUUUCUAUAUGUUUAUUUUUGUUUAAAACAUUCUGAGCUUACAUCUUAUCCUGGGGAACAGUGAGGUGAUACCUUUUCAACUGUUGUAAAAGUUUUAGAUUCCUACGUUGUACAUUUGGAUUAAUCUGUUCCCAGGUGAUAAAUCAAUCUAUUUUUUAAAA